AAAAUUGAUUUUCUAUCCUCGUGAUUAACUAAUUUUCAUCUAUUUGCACAUCAAAUUUACAGACACUGCGAUUAUGUUAUACCUAUUUCUCGUUCUUCAUCAUUUUAUUUGGUUCAUAAUCAACACAAUGCAAUUAAUCACGAUUGUAGAUUGUUCAUAAAUACCACUUAUCCUGGACUGAAAACCUUCAUAGAUCCACUUACAUUGAAAUUGACAAAUAUGCAAAUCGGUGUAGCGGAGCUCGCCGAGAGAUUUGAGCCGAUUUAUUUCUGGGGUGGUGAACCUCAUCAAGCAGUAAUCGUCGGUAUCAUCGAUGGACGCCCAUUCUCAACAAUAUAUCUCGAUUUUGUGCUGAUCGAUUAUAGUCUUCCUGCUACAAUAACAGCCAAUAUAUCGAUAACUUAUUUCGAACAUAGUGUAAAUGCGAGCCUUUGUACCACCUCAGGUAAAUUCUAUUGUGGAGAUGGUCAAUGUUUAGAUCAAAGAUUUCGUUGUGAUGGUAGAGUAAAUUGUUUUGGUAGUAAAGAUGAAGAAGAUUGUCAACUCAAUCAAUCGAGUCAACACUGGUUUCUGAUUCUAUUAUCCAUUUCGACGGUGAUCAUGUUUCUAAUUAUUUCUUCGGCUCUGGUUUGGUUUGGAUGGACCAAGAUAAUGAUUAGGAGGAAAAUAGUGACCACAGUAAAGUCCAGUAAAAUUCUGGAUUAAAAAUCUCAUCAUUGACAAUCUUAUCAUUUAAUUGUCAUUAGGUUGAAAU